AUGGGCGUCGAAAAGAAGAUUCUGAAGGCCGGUAACGGCGUUGACUUCCCCAAGGAGGGCGAGAAAGUCGCCAUGCACUACACUGGCUGCCUCUACGAUGAGAAGGCCGAGCACAAGAUGGGCACCAAGUUCGACAGCUCCCGUGACCGCGGCGAACCCCUUGCCAGCCCCAUCGGUGUCGGUCGUCUCAUCAGAGGUUGGGAUGAGGGUGUUCCCACCAUGUCUCUCGGCGAGCGUGCUAUCCUCACUAUUACUCCUGACUACGGUUACGGUGACCGUGGCUUCCCCGGUCUGAUCCCCGCCAACUCCACCCUUGUCUUCGACGUUGAGCUCGUCAAAAUCGGUACCCGCAGCGCUCCUCCCUCUUAA